UUCCUGGUUAAAACAAAAACAUAUGGGGCAAUCUAGAGAAUUAGCCGAAUUAAGGGGGAUCAACUUGCGAUAAAUCCCUUUUCCUUGUUCGAUUGAAUUCCCCUUUCCUACAAAGCAAAUCCUACGCGCAAAGAUUAGUGUUCAGUAACUAUUUGUGUCACCUGAUUGGAUCGUGCUAUCCAGUCUCCAAACUUGCUCGUUCUUAAUUACACCAAAGCCAACUUAACCAAUAUUUUUCUUCCAUCCAGUUGGUUUGUUUCUCCUCUAAUUGGCUCGUUUACUCGCAGAAUUAGUUGCCAACUCGUUCGUCCAGCCUAACCCUAAGUCGUCUCACGCGCCGAUGAAGAACGGUCUCGAGGUGUUAGACUUUAAGGAGGAAAGCGAGAUAUCGGAAUUGGCAGCUGAUAAAUACUUGAGCAAAUUGAAAAACCCUAAUAUGGAUGACCCCGCAACUCUGAAACACCAGUUUCUCGAAUUCGUAAUUCUUUUACAUUUCCUUCAAGUUGCCCAAGGUGCUGCUAUUCAGAGAAAGGAAAUGGACGAUGUUCCUUCCAUAGAUGUUGAUGCAAUUGGUGGUGAUUGUAGUUUUGAUGGUGCUGCACCAGCUGGUCUGUUGGGUACUGGUGAAAAAGGAUUUGUCUUAAAGGAAGGAAAUAUUGAGCCGGAUGUUUCCCCAGCGUCAAAGUCUAUGUAUUCUGAACAACAGGCAGACUUAGAAAAAGAUAGCCUUGAGCCUAGAAGUACCUUUCCUGAAUUGGAGUUAAGAGAUUCAUGUUCUGAAGCACCUUCACCUGGGAAUAUACAAUUAAACUGUGCCCUUUCUAAUUCUGCAUUAAUUAAUGAGCCAGUUGAUCUGUCUUUAGAUGCUAAUGAAAGCAUGAGUGAAGGAUGUCCGUCAAGUCCUGCGUCAGAUGUAGUAGAUGACGAUGAUGUUUCUUUGAAUGGCAACGUGUCAGAUCAUUGCAUUGGCAAUAUCCCUGUGGAUAACAUAGACAGGACAAUUGUUAUAUGUUCGGAUUAUGUUCUUUAUCAAGAUAAUUAUUAUACAGGGAUGUCAGUCUUUUUUUCUCCUAGUGGCAUCAAAAUUGAGGGCUCAACUGUGAGCGAACACCAAGGGACCUUUUGUUUUGAAAGGGGAAUUGAUGAUAUUAUUAAUAUCGAUUGUCAGUGGUUCCAAAGGGUUGGAAAUGUGACAGUCAAUCUGAAAGUCCUAUCAAAGGUUGCGGUAGAGGCUGAGAACACAUGUGGUACUUCAGCUGUUGAGGAGAUAAAGUUUGCUCUUAUUGACCCCAAAUGGUCUGAUAAACAGGAAGUGAUCAUCUCAUUAAAUUUUAAAUACCCGGGCAUAUGGAAUAUUGUGCUUGAUCCACUGACAGGAAUAGAUGGAGAUGAUUCACUUGUGCAAAAGUCUUAUUUUCCCAAUUUUGAUGAGCCUUUUGAGGAGGUCAUAUAUCCGGCAGGUGAUUUUGAUGCAGUUUCCAUUAGCAAGAGAGAUGUUGAUCUGUUACAACCAGAGACAUUCAUCAAUGAUACGAUCAUUGACUUCUACAUCAAGUAUCUGAAGAAUCAGAAACCUGAGGAAAGGCAAAGAUUCCAUUUUUUUAACAGUUUUUUCUUUCGGAAACUUGCUGAUCUUGACAAAGAUCCAUCCAGUAUUUCAGACGGCAGGGCUGCUUUCCUGCGUGUUCAUAAAUGGACAAGGAAAUUGGAUAUGUUUGGAAAAGAUUACAUAUUUAUUCCUAUAAAUUUCAAUCUUCACUGGAGUUUGAUAGUCAUAUGCCAUCCUGGUGAAGUGGCUGGUUUUAAAGAUGAAGACUUGGACAAGUCAUCCAAGGUACCAUGCAUAUUGCAUAUGGAUUCUAUCAAAGGAAAUCAUGCAGGUCUCAAAAAUCUUGUCCAAAGUUACCUUUGGGAAGAGUGGAAAGAGAGGCACAAGGAGACAUCUGAAGAUCUUUCUUCAAAAUUCUUGAAUCUGCGUUUUGUCUCACUUGAGCUUCCACAGCAGGAGAAUUCAUUUGAUUGUGGCCUGUUUCUACUCCACUAUCUGGAGCUCUUCCUAGCUGAAGCUCCUCCUAACUUCAAUCCAUUCAAAAUAACCAAGUUCUCUAACUUUCUUAAUUUGAGUUGGUUUCCACCUACUGAGGCAUCUCUGAAGCGCACUCUAAUCCAGAAGUUAAUUUUUGAACUCCUAGAGAUUCGUUCUCAGGAAAUCAGUUCAUCUGAUUGCAGUGAUGAACAUCAUUCUUCUAAAUCUCCAGAAAAGAUUGAAAAUGAAAAUGGUGUGGAGUUUAUUUCAGAGAGUUUCAGCCCAGAAGUAGCUUGUCAUGGAAAUUUAGAUUCCCAAGCGGGCCAAGGGAUUGAAAUGACUCUUCUAGCAUCAUCUUCUAUGAGAAAUAUGGAGAGUGUUAAUAAUUCUGGCUUGGUUGUUAGGGAGUUCUUCGAGUCAGGAGUUACAGCAGGAUCUUUGCUUGGACGAUUUCCAUCUUUUGUCCAGCAGCCAUCAUAUUACAAUAUGAAUGGGGCUAUAUCACCAAGAGAGCAAGAAGAUGUGCAAACUGGUCAACAAUUUGUUUAUUUAGCUUCUGGAGAAACUGGUUUUCUGCAGCUCACUGGAAUUACACCUCAAGCCUGUGAAGUUCCAUAUCCAUCGAGAGGUUUUGUCAUGGGCAGUUCGCGGAGUCAUGGAAUUUCCAUGCAAGGAGAGCAUGAAGUUGACACAUCGCUUGAAACAUCUAGUGCCUCUCAUGAUGAUGAUGAUGAUAAUGACGACGAUGAUGUUGGGAUCGUUGAAAAGAACCCCAUUGACAUUGAGGAUAAUGUAGAUCCAAUUCAAAAACAGGAUACAGAUCAGGAACAAUCUCAGUUUGUGGAAAAUGUUGAGCUUCCGAAGAAAGGUUUCAUGUAUGCCUCCAUUGAAGUACUGGGGACUUUCAUCACUGAAGUUCCUGGACCUUCUGAGGACACUGACAAGAUUCACGAUAGCACUGAGGAUGCAGACCUUCUCUCCAAAGAUAAUUUGCCUGUAUUCUUGCAUCAGAAUCGUGGUGCAGAUCAGGAUCCCGAACUGGUUGAAAAGAAUGCUGAAAUGGUUGAAAACAAUGAGGCCAGAGGUGAUGAUGUGCAAAUGAUUGGUGACCUUCCCUCCCAAGAUAUUUCAACUGUAUCGUUGCAUAAAAAUCCCAGUAUGGUGUUGAACCAGGUGAAUCAGGAUUCUGAACUCAUUGAAAAGAACUCUGAAACAGUUGAAAAUGAUGCUAGAGCUGAUGAUGUGCAAAUGAUCGGUGAUGACCUGUCCCAAGAUAAUUCAACUGUAUUACCACAUCAAAAUCCCAGUGUGCUGUUGAACCAAUUGGAUCAGGAUCUUGAACUGGUUGAAAGCAAGGAGGCCAGAGGUGAUGCUGUGCAAAUGAUUGGUGAUGACCUUCCGUCUGAAGAUAAUUCAACUUUAUUGUUGAAUCAAAAUCCUGGUAUGGGGGUGAAACAUUUAGAUCAGGAUUCUGAAGUGGUUGAGAACAAGGACUCAGGUGAUGAUCUGUCAGCAGAAAUAGCCGGACAACCAGCUGCAAAAAGGAUACGGCUCACGCCUUCCCUUGACGAAAAAGCGGACUCAUAGGAAAGCCUGUCAAUAGGGGACAUAUUUGUUCGUAAGUAGGAGUGUAGGACUGGAUGGAGUUUGUCUUCCACUGUAUAUUCCGGGAAUCCAAAUCUCACUAUUUAUGUAUGUGCGAUGCUGUGAAUAGUGUUGGUGGGCUGUAUGUUGAUUUAUGACUGGGAAGGAGGAUGGGGGCAGUGGGAUGAUUGUUUUGGAUAGAUUUUCUUGCUUUUAUAUCUUAUAAACAAUUUAACAAUAUUCUGUAGGUGAAGUACUAAAUUUUUACUUUUUAGGUGAUCAGGGUUUAAAUUUCAUCAUCCUCAAGCACUAAAAUAAGUUAACGAAAUUUCUUGUCUGG